ACCCACAGCGCCAGUGAGCACAAGUGGAUAUAAUUUUCUUCAGAGCAUUUUGUGUGCAAUUUCCUCAAGAAAACCAAGAUUUUUCACAAUUUUCACUCUUAAAAUAAUCUCAAAACUCGUAAGAAUCUCUGUUUUUGUAAAUUGUGGUGUUCAAACGACAAAAAGUAGUGAAAUUUUGCAGAAAAACUGUGUUAAAAUGGAGAAUGGUGAAAACAAGAAGCAAGAUUCCCUCAACAAUUGUUAUUGUGGGAAGGAGCGGAAUCUCAACAUUGUGGAGCUACUCUGCGUCACCUGCAGCCACUGGUACCAUGAAUCUUGCAUAGGAUAUCAAUUGGGAAAACUCCUACCCUUCCUCACGAAUUACACAUUUGUCUGUAAGAAUUGCUCAACAACAGGCCUGGAGACAUUUAAAAAAAGCCAAGCUUCUCUUCCACAGAUGUGCCUCACAGCCAUCGCCAAUAUGCAACAGGCCACCGUGAAGGAUGGCAGCGUUCGGUACAGUUUUAGCAAGGACAAGGAAAUUAUUCCCUUUAUUGAUCAAUAUUGGGAAGCUAUGACAACAAUGCCAAGGCGUCUGACCCAAUCUUGGUACGCGACAGUGCAGCGAGCGUUGGUGAAGGACAUUGGGACACUCUUCACGUACGAGGAGAAUCCAGAAAGUGGCCAAAUGUUUGGACUAGUGGCUAGAGAUUUGACCACCAUCAAGCCAGAAAGCGUCUAUCAAAGCAGUCAGAACAUUGCCAAGUCGGGACGUCAGACGAAACGGAAGUUUCCGGGCGGUGAGGCGGGUGCGUCAGGGAAGAAGGGUCGCCUGAGUGGGGAUGUGGCAGCCAAUAUCAAGUUGCCCGCCCAUGGAUAUCCAAUGGAACAUCCAUUCAACAAGGACGGCUAUCGAUACAUCCUGGCGGAGCCCGAUCCACACGCUCCGUUCCGGCAGGAGUUCGACGAGAGUGCCGAUUGGGCGGGAAAACCUAUUCCCGGCUGGCUCUAUCGCAUUCUCUCGCCGAACGCCGUGCUCCUUGCACUGCACGAUCGAGCGCCGCAACUCAAGAUCUCCGAGGACAGACUGUCAGUCACGGGCGAGAAAGGGUACUGCAUGGUGAGAGCGACGCAUUUUGUGAACAGAGGUGCUUGGUAUUGGGAAGCUACCAUUGAGGAUAUGCCCGAAGGGUCAGCAGUUCGAAUGGGUUGGGGUCAAGACUAUGCAAAUCUCCAGGCUCCCCUGGGCUACGAUAAAUUCGGCUAUUCCUGGCGAUCGCGCAAAGGAACACGUUUUCACGAAUCCCAUGGGAAGCACUACAGCCCGGGCUACGGUGAAGGGGACACCCUGGGCUUUCUGAUUGUUCUGCCAGAGACCAAUAGUCGAUCCUACACACCGAAUACCUACAAAGAUCGUCCCCUGGUGAAGUUUAAGAGCCAUCUGUACUACGAGGACAAGGACAAAAUUAACGAGACUCUGAAGAGUUUGAAGCCCCUGCCCGGCAGCAAGAUCUACUAUUUCAAGAAUGGCGAAUGCCAAGGAGAAGCCUGGACGGAUAUUUAUGCAGGAAGUUACUUCCCAACCAUUUCCCUGCACAAAAGUGUGACGGUUAGUGUUAACUUUGGACCGAAUUUUAAGUAUCCGGAAAUUGAGGAGAGCUACAAAUGCCGAGGGAUGCAUCAGCGAGUCGAGGAUCUUAUUUGUGAGCAGUCCAUGGCGGAUAUGCUGUAUUUCACAGAGAACGAUGGAAAAUUGAGACUGGAUACCAUCAAUUUAUGAAUUUAGUGGACCUUUUUAGUUUCCUUCUGCAUCUUUCGUUCAUCUUUUUCUACAAACUUUGUGGAUUCUGCCCAGCUCAAAUCACUUGCCAAAUCCACCGAGGCAUUUGGGACUGGGAUCCACUUUGUAUUCUGGAUCCCAUUGACUUGGAGUCUUCGUCUCCAGCGACAGGGCAUGCACGAAGGCUCCAUUGAGGGAUUCUUUCACCACAUCAUUCACCAUUCGAUGACGCUACGGAAUAAAUAUAUGUAAUUAGUG